AUGAGCUAUAUUCAGCCAUCAACAUCUCCUAAGAACUCUUGCCUCUUUAGAACAGAAGAGGAGCUGGAAGAGGAGGUCUACAAGAAGACAGGGUUCUUCAAACACAUAAGAAUAGCAAGAAACGAGUGGCCCAGGGUUCUCUACUUGUCACUUCUAUUCGGAGUUAUAACAAUGGUGCAUACGAUAAUGGGAAACUUAAGAGAAAUGGUCCUUAUGGGAAGACAAGAUCCCAUGUCCAUGUUUUUCAUCAAGUCGAUUUUUCUUCCUCCUUGUUCUCUGAUUUUUGUCUGGGCCAUUCACUUUGGGCUGAACUUCUUCAACCCAUCCAAAAUGUUCGAUAUCACUCUGAUUCUCUUCUCCGGGUGCUAUUUUUUCUUUGGACUGGUCAUGUGGCCAUUUAAAGCAUAUAUACAAAAAGACUUUUACUGGUCAAGAGACAUCUUCGGAGACGGAAAAAUGGAGUCUUUAAGAAUUCACUUCUUAUAUCCUGUGUUUUUAGUUUUCAACGAAUGGACAUCUUCAUUUCUCUUUCUGUGUUCGGAAAUGUGGGGAGCUCUUGUGGUGUCGUACUUCUUCAACGUCUUUACAAACGAGAUUUCAACAAGAAGGCAAUCCCAGAGAUACAUAACAGUCUAUAACAUAUCAAAUGCAAUUUCGAUCUUUCUGUCUGCUGUUUUUACAUUGAUAUUCAACAGGUGGAGAGAUAGCGUUGUGUUUGAGACGAAGGAGCUAGGAUUUGAAAUACUAAUUUUACUGCUGGCUUUUGGAGUGAUUGGGGUUCUUGUAUUGAAGAAGUACAUAGAAAAGAAAAUCCUCCCUGUGCCUGUGUUUCUUAUUAAGGAAAUAAAAGAGACGCCCGUGAAACAAAAGGAACUCAAACUAAAAGAAGCUGGGAAGAGCUUAUCCAAAUCAAAGUUACUUGUAGCUAUAUCCUUAAACGUGCUUCUUUAUGGAGUGUCUUCUACACUAAUAGAAGCAACAUUCAAAAGUGGAUUGGCAGCAGGAGCAAAAUAUACAAACAACUCGAAGGAAACAUUCUCAAACUUCUAUAAUGGUUCGGAGCAGAUAAUUAUUGCGAUGACUCUUCUUAUUGUCAUCAACACCCCCUAUUCUGCUUUGAUUAAGAUGGGGUAUUGGAAGUAUGUGGCUUCGAUUCCCAUAGCUGUGGUUGUGUUCUCGUUCUUUUCUGUGUUUCUUAUUGCCUUCUACAACGUAGGAGUGUAUUCGGGGAAGAGUGGACUAUUUAAGUCCUUUUUCAAAGGAAAGCAACCUGUAUUUUUUCUUGAAAACACCCUUGGACUUAUAACAAAUGCAUCUUUAAAGAUAGGGAAGUACCUUGGAGCAGAUGUUUCGAAGGAGGCGAUCUCAAUGCAAAUAGAUCCUCUAUACAGGGCAAAGUACAAGGCCAUUUACGAUGGACUUUGUGGAAAACUUGGAAAGUCCUUGGGAUCUGUAAUGUGCACUGUCAUGACGGGGAUAUGGGAUAUAACCGACAUCCGUAUUGUCUCGGGUGUGUUGGGAUUACUGGUUGGAAUCAUAAUUGUGAUUUGGUGUUUCAUCGUGAAAUACCUGAACGGAAAGUUUCAGACGUCGGUUGAGAAAAAUACCUACAUUGAGUUAGACGAGUUCUAG